AUGAAGAUGCCGCAAGUUCCCCGAUCGAAGGCUGCAUGGAAGGCAGUGUUGACUACCAAUUCUGCCGAUGGAACUAAGUCCUCGGCUUGGAUCAACAAGGAUCUCGCUCCUACUCCGCCGGAUGCAAGAACAUGGUCUUGGAUCUCACUUAGCAGUUAUUGGUGGGGUAACGCAUUCAAUGCAAGUCAAUGGUCGAACGGAGCGAGUUUGAUUGCUGUCGGCCUGAACUGGCAUCAAGCUCUGGUUUCAUGCAUCAUCGCCAACUUGAUUUCAUCUUCUGUUGCUCUUGCUCUUGGCCGACCAGGUGCAAGGUACCAUGUUGGCUAUCCCGUCCUGGCUCGAAGUGUUUUCGGAAUGUAUGGCCAGUUCUUCUUCGUUUGGAUCCGAGCUGUAGUCGCUACUAUCUGGUUUGGAGUCCAGUCAUACUUUGGGUCCCAGUUACUCAGCGUUCUCCUGAGAUGCGUCUUUGGAGAUUCCUGGUGGCAUAUGACGAAUCACUUGCCUGCCAACGCUGGCAUCACUUCUAGGGAUCUUCUAGCCUUUUUCUUGUUCUGGAUCAUUGAAAUGCCCUUUCUGGCAGUCCAUCCACGCAAGAUAAAGUUUUUGUUCGCGGCCGAGUCAAUAAUCUGUCCUCUAACCUGUAUCGGCGUCUUCGCUUGGUGUGUUCAAUACGGAGGAGGGAUUCGUAUGAAUUCUCUUUCAUCCACUACCGAAGCAAAAGGGGGAGCCCUUGGAUGGGCGAUGCUCAAUGGAAUAAAUAGCUGUUUAGGCGUCACGUCUGCACUGCUAGUCAAUCAACCCGACCUUACUCGAUACACCCGUCGGCCAAAGGAUGCCGGCUGGAGGCAAGCAUCGUCCAUCUUCUUCAGUAAGACGCUGAUUUUCUUUUUCGGCAUUGGUGCUACAGCGGCAGUGCAAGGUAAAUUCGGACACGCAUACUGGAACCAGUGGGAUCUUCUCAACGCAAUUCUUGAUCGAUUUUGGGGUCCAGCAGCUCGAGCUGGGUGCUUUUUCGCCUCGUUUGGAUUUGCUCUGUCGGUGUUGGGCGUGAAUAUUGGCUGCAAUGCUAUUCCUUUCGGAGCCGAUGUUACUGGUCUGGUCCCCAAGUUGUUUACAAUUGUACGGGGACAGAUUUGUUGCGGAGUCUUAUCCCUCGCCAUUGUUCCGUGGAAGCUCCUUACUUCUGGAUCGGCUUUCUUAAUAUUUCUAGGCAGCUAUAAUUGCUUUAUUUCCCCAAUCUGUGCUAUCAUCAUUGUUGAUUAUUUCUUUAUCAAACGUGGAAACAUCCAUACUCCGUCGCUAUUCAACCCUUCCAAGAGCUCACUAUACUUUUACACCUGUGGUUGGAACCUAAGGGCGCUUGGAUGUUGGGUCUGCUCAGCAGUAUUUGGCAUUCCAGGACUAAUCGGAGCCUAUCAUCCGACCUGGGUGGCUAUGGCUGCGACUCACAUAUACCAGACAGGCUGGGUUAUCUGCUUUACUGCAGCAGCAGUAUUGUACCAUGCAGUAAACUUGGUUUUCCGGGCCGAAGUCCUUCCAUACGGUCAGGCAACUUCUGAACUUGCCUUUGAGCAUUUAGCAGCUACCGAAGGAUACCUGGAAGAUGUCCUUAUCCAGCAAGUAUUUAGUAUGAUGCCUGAAGUUCAGAGUCUAAUAGCAGCACUUGGCCUGUCUGAUCCCGAGGCACACAACGGUGACUUGGAAGUUUACCUGCGUAACUCGCUGAUUCAAGCGUACCAAGGAGCUUGGAGCGCGCUAACGGAUUAUUUCUCUGAUCCAGAUAUCCUAGCCCGAGUCCAUAUCUGGCAGCCUUCUUCCUUGCUCAAAGUGCGGGUCUCAGUAUGGCGGUUGUAUGCGUGGCUUGGUAUCAACGCGCUAUUGGCGGUCUCUGGCGUUCUCCUUCUCGCGCUGCAGUCAAGGUGCAGGGUAAAGACGGUCAAUGGCCCGGUAGUGGCAAGUCUCAUGAUGGAUAGCUCAGCGGUCAUCGAUUCUGACAAGACUGGGCUUUGCAAUGCCACAGAUAUUGGUUCAGGGUAUGGGAAUGCGAAAUAG